AUGACCGAGAUACCGGUUUCUGGCAGUCUAACCGUCGGUCCCGGGACGCACAUAUUUCCAUUCUCUCUCCCAUUCCCUCCAAGAUCAGAAUGCCACAAGAUCAGCCUAGAUGGAAGCAAACAGAACUCUUCUUGCACAGGAUUUCUAUCUCGGAAGACCAAAACAAACCAUAUACUACGAAGGCUUCCACCUUCAACGGGAGACACAUUAUCACCUUGGGAGAUCAAGUACUACCUGGAUGUCACCGUGACAAAGACGGGCCUCAUAAAAGGGGUGGAAAAACUAACGCGAAAUAUUUUGUUCUACCCGGUGCCUGACUUUAGUCUUCCGAAGAGCAUUCUAGGGAGAAGAUGCAUUCUCCCCGUCAAUCAUGAUUCUACCGGCUCCAGUAGCCCGCUGGCAUUUCAGGUCGAUGUCGAACUUCUAAACGGGCAGUGUUUGCUUCUAGGCUACCCUAUCCCAUUGAAGAUCAAGCUUACCAAAAUCGGGGAGAGAGAAUGCUUUAUAUGGCUGAACGAUUUCCAGACUAUGAUUGUGGGGACAACGGAGGUGCAUGCAUCUGGGCUUAUUGAAAAGGAUACACAGUUCCAGGUCGUACAAACCAUGUCAAAUAUCCAUCACGUUGUUUGCCACGAUAAUGCUUCCCAUGGAGCUGAGUUAUGCAUUGGAGACGGGCUCUGGAGCAAGCGCCUAGUACCGAUCGCGCUCACACCAUCGUUUGAGACAUGCAAUAUCAGUCAAACGUACAAGCUCGAAGUUAGGCUCGGCUUACAAACGGGUUAUCACAGGUUUAGGACAACGAUCUUGGAUUUUACUUUCCCCGUCCAUGUCAUGCCUCCACCGAUGGACCCUGAGCCUUAUGAAGCGAAAUCUGCAAAAUUUCUCUAG